AUGGCUUUCCAAAGUUUGGUUAAUGGAGCGGAAUGCUCCACUGGGUCAAACCCAUUGUCUCAAUUCAUGAAAGGUGUUAACGAAGACCCCUCAUUGCGCAAAGAAGCCUUUUUGCCAGGUCCCGAACAAGGAGGCUCUAGUGCGUUCCGUACGCGAAGACCUACCCAACCCCCUUCUGAUCAGUUUGCUGAAGAGUUUCUAAACCAACACCAAGAAGAUUUUGGCCCUCAACCUUUAGUUGGGCCAGCUCAACCUGGUCCUUUAAUAUUGAAAGAACAUGGUCCAGAAUUUACUGGGCUUAGCGUUGGAGGUUGGGCUACUGAAUUCUCGAAUCAAACUAAUCACGCGCGACAAUGGGAACUGGGCAAAGCUGAGGAGGCAGAAAUGGAAGAAGCUUUUAAAAGGAUGAAUAUGCAAUCAACUUGGCAAGCAGAAUUUCUCGAAAGACCGCAACUGCCAAACGAUCAGAUUGCCGAACAUCCGCCCGAAUUCGAAGCAGUAUUUCAAAAAAAUUUCGAUUGGGCUAGCGAAUUCGCACUAAAACAAGACAAAGGAAAAGCAAAAAUAGUCGAGUUGGACGAUGCAUCAUGGGAAGCAGAAUUCGUAGAGGCACAUCGCCAAGCUGAAGAAACACACCAAGAUAAAGAAAUUGACGAGGCGCUUUCCGCCGAAGAAAACAAAUUAUUCGAACACGUAUGGAAUAAUGUGCGAGAAAACAUUGGCGGAGAAACAGAGUUUGCCGAAUUUGAUGAAAAUAAUACUGCUGGUGGUCGUAUUGAUAUUGGCGAUUAUACUUUUGAGCCGGAGAAUCCGUAUUCUGCAGUGGCUGAUCCUUUACAGGAAGGGAUUAAUAUUGUGCAGGAUGGUGGAUCAUUGUCGGAAGCGGCCUUAGCUUUUGAAGCUGCUGUGAGAAAAGAUCCCAAUAGCUCAGAAGCCUGGACUUGGUUAGGAAACACACAAGCCCAAAAUGAAAAAGAGGAACCAGCUAUCAGGGCAUUGGAAAAGGCUAUUGAAAUUGAUGGAACUAAUUUGGAAGCUUUAAUGAGUCUCGCAGUAAGUUAUACAAAUGAAAAUUACGAACAACAAUCGUAUCUUACUCUAGAGCGUUGGAUGACGGCUAAAUAUCCAGAAAUAGUUACGUCGUCGGCCCCGAUGGAUACUGUACAUGACACACAUUCACGCGUCACAGAACUAUUCCUUCGAGCUGCACGAAACGCUCCUGAUGGUCAACAAAUGGAUCCAGACGUGCAAGUUGGCUUAGGAGUUCUCUUUUAUGGAAGCGGUGAUUAUAGCAAGGCCAUCGAUUGUUUCGUAUCAGCUUUGAAUAAUCGGCCAAAGGAUUAUCUUUUAUGGAACCGAUUGGGCGCCACUUUGGCAAAUUCAGGACAAUCUGAAAAAGCUAUCGAAGCGUAUCACAAAGCACUGGAUAUAAAACCUACAUUUGUUCGCGCUCGCUACAAUCUCGGUGUCAGCUGUAUCAAUAUCGGAUGUUAUCGCGAGGCAGCCGAACAUCUGUUGGGCGCGUUGAGUAUGCAUCAGACCAGUCGCGAAGACGUUAACGUUAGCAAUAGUCUAAGAGACACUUUGCGAAGGACAUUUAUAAUGAUGGACCGACGUGAAUUGGCUGAUAAAGUUCUCAGUGGAUUGGAUGUGGACCAAUUCCGUAAUGAAUUUGAUUUCUAA